CCUCACUUGGCUCUAGCCCUCCGGCCGGGAAGCAUGAGACUGCCCAGGCUCGUCUGCGCUUUGCUGGCUGCCUGCUGCUGCUGUCCCCACGCCACGGGUGUGCCCCAAAACACAGAGGUGCCUGCAGUGGAGCUGGUGGAAGCAGAAGUAGGCAACACAGCCCUUCUGAAGUGUGGCCCCUCAGACUCCCCGGGGAACUUCAGCCAUGUGGACUGGUUUUUUUUCCACAAAGAGAGGGAGGUACUCAUAUUCCGAGUGCGCCACGGCCAGGGCCAGAGUGAACCUGGGGAGUACCAGCACCGCCUCAGCCUCCAGGGACCAGAGGCAACUCUAGCCUUGAGUCAAGUCACCCCUCAUGAUGAGCACAUCUUCGUGUGUAAGAGCAAGAGACCCCGGCUCCAGGACUACCAUAUGGAGCUCAGAGUCUACAAAGCUCCAGAAGAGCCAACCAUUCAGGCCAAUGCUGUGGGCAUCCAUGUGGACAGGCAGGAGCUUAGGGAGGUUGCUACCUGUGUGGGGAGAAACGGGUACCCCAUUCCUCAAGUCAUCUGGUACAAGAAUGGCCGGCCCUUGCGAGAGGAGGAGAACCGUGUUCAUAUUCAGUCAAAGCAGAUUGUGGAGUCCAGCGGUUUGUACACCUUGCAGAGUGUUCUCAAUGCGCAAUUAGUUAAGGAAGACAAAGAUGCCCAGUUUUACUGUGAACUCAAUUACCGGCUACCCAGUGGGAACCACAUGAAGGAAUCUAAGGAAGUCACUGUCCCUGUAUUCUACCCUGCAGAAAAAGUAUGGCUGGAAAUCGAGCCAGUGGGCUUGCUGAAGGAAGGGGAUCAUGUGGAAAUCAAGUGUUUGACUGAUGGUAACCCCCAACCCGACUUCACCAUCUGGAAGCAGAAUGCCAGUACUAGGGAGAUGGAGGAGAAGACAACCAAUGAAAACGGCAUCCUGUCCUUGCAGCCUGCCCAGAAACAGCACAGUGGGCUCUACCAGUGUCAGAGCCUGGACUUAGAAACCAUGAUCACACUAUCAAGUGACCCCCAGGAGCUGGUGGUGAACUAUGUGUCUGAUGUUCGAGUGAAUCCAACAGCCCCUGAGGGCCAGGAAGGUGGCAGCCUCACACUGACCUGUGAAGCAGAGAGUAACCAGGACCUUGAGUUCCAGUGGCUGAGAGACAAGACAGGCCAGCUGCUGGGAAAGGGAUCCAUCCUCCACCUAAACAACUUGAAACGGGAAGGAGGGGGAGGCUAUCUCUGUAUGGCAUCUGCCCCCAGGGUUCCCGGCUUGAACCGCACACAGCUGGUCAAUGUGGGCAUUGUAGGGCCCCCAUGGAUGGCAAUAAAGGAGAAGAAGAUGUGGGUGCAAGAGAACACAGCUGUGAAUCUGUCGUGUGAGGCUUCAGGACAUCCUCGGCCCACCAUCUCCUGGAAUAUCAAUGGCUCGGCAACUGAACGGAACCUAGAUCUACAGACCAUACUGAGCACCUUGAAUGUCCUUGUGACCCCAGAGCUGUUGCAGACAGGUGCAGAAUGCACAGCCUCCAGUCCCCUGGGCAGAAAUACUACCAUCAUCAUCCUGGAGCUGGUCACCUUAACCACCCUCACACCUGACUCCAACCAAACCACUGCCCUCAGCACCUCCACGGUCAGUCCUCACGCCAGAGCCAACAGCACCUCUACCGAAAAAAAGCUGCCAGAGCCAGAGAGCAAGGGUGUGGUCAUCGUGGCUGUGAUUGUGUGUAUCCUGGUCCUGGCUGUACUGGGUGCUGCCCUGUAUUUCUUCUACAAGAAGGGCAAGCUGCCAUGUGGGCGCUCAGGCAAACAGGAGAUCACGAUGCCCCAGUCUCGUAAGAGUGAAUUUGUAGUUGAAGUUAAGUCAGAUAAGCUCCCAGAAGAGAUGGGCCUCCUACAGGGCAGCAACGGUGACAAGAGGGCUCCAGGAGAUCAGGGAGAGAAAUACAUCGAUCUGAGGCAUUAGCGGAAUCAUACUCAGCUCCUCCCCUGCCUGGAAUGUCUCCAGCUCCUUGCUCACUCUUCAUCCCAAACCAAAGCCCUCAGAUGGACAGCAGAGAAGAUCCCUGCUCCAGCUCACCUACAGACCUGUUCCAGAGGGCCAAGAGCUGAAACCAGAGUCAUCUGGUGAAUCUCACCUGGCCCUGGAGGCCCUGUGUCAGGGACCAGUCCUCUGUGUCUUUAUAGUGAUGCUUAUCCCAAGAAGGGGUGUUUCUCAAGAGUGGGGAGUUAUUUGCCAAAUGGAUUUUCUCUUUACACAUCCAGUGGCUAUAAUAAUCUGUCUCCUACCAGCAGCUAAGUGGGCUCACCCUCUGAGCUGUCCUCCUGCAGGCUGCCUUCAGUAACCUGGUUGUACCACUGAUGUGAAGAUGUACAGGACCUGGGCAUGUGGUUAUGUGUACUAUUCACACUGGCUCCAAAGACAACCCUGUAGUCCAGAGGCAGCUGCAGCGCUGCUCUUGUACCUUCCUGCCAACCACCCCUUCAGUCUCUUGGGACAUUUUUCCUUUGAGCAGAAGUUGGGAAUUGGUAGUAUUUCUUCAGACACAUCACUGUAGUAAGGAAGCUGGGCACUCUUGAGUGAAGGCUACUAAGCCUGAGCUCCCUGCAUUCCCUUCCCUCCUGGGGCCCUCAGUGGAUCAUGGGAUAGGAGACAGGACAAAGAGGUCAUCUACUAUUCAUGGGGAUUAGGUUAUAGCUAUAUUAGUACCAUAUUUCUACACUGUGAGCUUAUGGGUCCAGAUCCUAAGAGAGCUCAAAUGGGAGAGUGGUACUUAGGGAUAAAAACCGGCCUGGGCUGGGCACCGGGUGCAGGGUUCAGGCCUUUAAUUGCAGCACAUGGGAGACAGAGGCAGGUGGAUGUCUGUGAAUUCCAGGUCAGCUAGAGAUACAUAGCGAGACCCUGUCUCCAAAAACAAAAAUACCCUGGCCUGCCUAGAACUUUUAGGAUGUUGUGUAUGGAUCUGUGAUUGUGUGUGUGUGUGUGUGUGUGUGUGUGUACACAUACACAUAUAUAUAUAUAUGUGGUUUUGUUUGUAAAUAUGCAAAUUAUUUCCUUUUAUAUAUGUGUGUUAGAAAAAUAAAGCUUAAUUGUCCCAAAGGUCUUAUGCCAAGUCUCCAUUCACCAGACCUGGAGCCUCUGGAACUGUCUCCCAAGAACCCACAGGUUUCUAGAGAGGAUAGUCCCUUAACAGCUAGAGCUUGCAGGGCUGGGCAUGCUGCUAAAAUGCUGACCAAUGGCUGUGUCCCCUUCCUGUGUAUCCCUGUCACUUGGCACUGCUCCAAGGCAGUGACAGCAGGACACACUGCUUUCAGACCUGCAGCUGCCCUGUGUAUUGAUCCCAAGCCCCAAUGAGCCAGAACUCAAGUGUGCUACAACAAAAGAAAUUUUAUUUAAAAAUAUUUUUUUACAGACACGGGUGCUUGAAAAAAGCUCUUUAGUUAAUUGUAUGGAAAUGAAAAAAUUAAUAAAUAACAUUAGUAUAACAGACCUCUAAACAUUAAUACAUUGGCAAAACAAGAUGGACUUAAAAUGAAAAUGAAUCUUAAAGCUCUGCUAUUCUCUGCAAGAAUAUUUACCUUCUGUUUUUUCUUACUCUUUACAUGUGAGAAUGAUUAAAUACUGCUAAUAUAAACUUUUUAUAUUAAUGACACAUUUUUAAAAUAGUCCACGAAAAUCUCAUCUAAGUGUCUGUUUUCUUAACACUGAUAUACAAAUUGGGACUCUUUAUUCUGGGGAAAACAUCAAAUUCUCCCUAGCCCCACCCAGGCCAAGAAUUUUAAAAUCUUUUUCUAUCUCCCAACUCUUGUUGGCUAUGGGGGUGGGGGGUGAGGGUGGGUGAGAAAACUUGUUGUUGAGACCCUUGAUGAUGUGAAUGAUAAACAUCAGGUCUGUUCCAUGGCCCUUCCCUGGGGACAUGAGACCCUGUAGAGGGCACCGGCCACUUAAUGCUUUAAGUAUGAAGCCUUCAAAUAAAAGGAAAGUCAAGUCUGAGGAGAGGCAGGAGGUUGAGGCUGGCUCA